AAUUAUAAAACGUAAUGUAUCAAUAUGUACCAAACUAUACAUUGCAUCUAAUUUUAGGUUGCUCAUUGCACCUCAGGCUUUAUCCUGGAAGGCUAAGACUUUCAAGCUUUUCCUUAGCUUUGUCUCUCAAUCAGGCACUACGUACCAGACCACAUGUAACCUCAUCCAAUUGGACAUAUUCCACAUUGCUGGUAGGCAGUAAAGUGGAAAAAAGUUACUGUUUCAUGUUGGAAAUUUUUUCAUCUGCAGGAUUUCUGAUAUACAAUCAUUAUGAGUGAAAAUGAAAAAGUUAAAAAUAUUUUGGCUGCUCUGAAGAGCUAUCCAGAUUUUCCCAAGCAAGGAAUUUUAUUUUGGGACAUCUUCUCUGUGUUGAACACCCCAAGCGCAGCUAGGGAUCUAGUUUCUCUUCUUGAAUCUCACAUCCAUGAAAAAUGUCCACAAGUUGAUGUAUUUGUUGGAUUGGAGUCACGUGGCUUUCUCUUUGGACUGCCUCUCUCCACAUCAUUUUUCAAGCCGUUUAUCCCAAUCAGGAAAAAAGGCAAACUCCCUGGCAAGACCAAAGAAGUAUCUUUUAAACUGGAAUAUGGUGAGGAUGUAUUUGAAAUUCAGGCUGAAAGUAUCAAGCCUGGCCAGUGUGUGGUGAUACUGGAUGAUCUACUGGCAACAGGAGGAUCACUGAAGGCUGCCAAUGAGCUUGUGUCUAGCAUGGGAGGUACAGUUGGACUCAACCUCGUGUGCAUUGAGCUCAAGGAUCUGCAGGGCCGCAACAAUAUCACUUCCCCUGUACAGUCAGUUCUGCAGUUGUAAAACCCAGAUUCUUUAUUCUUUUUUAUUGUGAUACUGAUAUUCCAAGUCUAUCUUUACUAGCUUUUCCACUCAUCUUAUCUGCUCAAAAUUUCUUGCUGCUGUAGAUACUGUACUAUUCAUUCCAUCAGUCUUCUUAUUUGGGGUUUACUAAUGCCAAGAUGUAGUUUGUUGUAUGAACUUGACCUGAUGUGUACCCAGCAACAAACCUCUACAUUAUAUUGUUUCAUUCAAUAUUUUUUCUUUAUAUGUAUUUAAGGCUACAGAAGCUGGGAAUUUUUCCUGUUAUAGGUUGAGGAUUUUUUUGGCCAAUUUUAAUGGCGACUUGUAUAUGUUUUGUGUGAUGCAUUUCAUUGGUUUCAUGGCAAAUAACUGGAAUAAUCUCAGUUUACACAUUCCAAUACCUUUAUUCAAACUAUGUACGGUACUACUAUAUGGUGUGCUGUUUGUGCUACCUCCAUUCCAAGUGAUAUAUUGUCUAUGAUUUUAAAUGCAUUGUGAUAAUUCUUUGUCACGUUGUUGUUGAGCUAUGGAAAAUUUUGCUAAAUAUAUACAUAACUUCUCUU